GGUAUUUAAGGGCGGCCGAGCACCCUCUGACCCUUUCCCUCUCCGGACUUUCCCCUCCCGGCGGCACAACCAGGAUGAGCUCGGGGCCCAUCUUUGCCCGGGGGGAGGACUGCCGGGCCGGCUGGCGAGAGGCGGCUGCCGGCUACGAUGGCCCCGACACCCACCUGGAGAUCCUGGGCAAGCCGGUGAUGGAGCGCUGGGAGACUCCGUACAUGCAUUCCCUGGCAGCCGUGGCUGCAUCGAGGGGGGGCCGUGUGCUGGAGGUGGGGUUCGGGAUGGCCAUCGCUGCCAGCAAAGUGGAGGAGUUCGACAUCGAGGAGCAUUGGAUCAUCGAGUGCAACGAGGGAGUGUUCCGGAGGCUGGAGGAAUGGGCCGGGACACAGCCACAUAAGGUUGUGCCUCUGAAGGGGCUGUGGGAGGACGUGGUGCCAUCGCUGCCCGACGGGCACUUCAGGGGGAUCCUGUAUGACACCUACCCCCUGUCAGAGGAGACCUGGCACACACACCAGUUCGGCUUCAUCAAGGCCCACGCCUUCCGCUUGCUGCAGCCCGGGGGGGUCCUCACCUACUGCAACCUGACCUCCUGGGGGGAGCUGCUGAAAACCAAGUACACUGACAUCGAGAAGAUGUUUGAGGAGACCCAGGUGGGGCAGCUGCUGGAAGCUGGGUUCAAGAGGGAGAACAUCAGCACCAAGGUGAUGGACCUGGUCCCCCCCAAGGACUGCAGGUACUACUCCUUCCACAAGAUGAUCACACCCACCAUCCUUAAGCACUGAGGAGGAGGAGGAGGCUCUUAGCUCCUACUGAGAGAAGACUGAAGCUCUGUUUAUCUGGAAGUGGCUGGAGGCUUGGGAUGGAAGUCCUGGAUCUACAGGACUGGAAUUCCUGCCCCACCAAGGGUGUCACUGAUGCCCUGGAGGUGUCUUCUGGGCUCUGCAUCUGUCCCAGAGGCCACUGUCCUCUCAUGACUCACCCUGCUCUCCAAACUCCUCCAUUAAGUUGUAAUUCUAGAGUCUGUAGCCAAAGGGCUUCAAGAAUGAGAUGUUUGCUCUGAAAUCUGCAUCACUUGGAGAGAAAGAGGAGGAACAGGGCAGCUGGAGAUGUUCUGGCUGCCCCUGGAGCAACUCCCAGGUGAAGCUUCCCAAUCAUAGCAAAAUCUGAGCCUGCCACCCUCCUGGCAGUCUGGCAGUGCAGAGGUGACAUCUCCUCUCAACCCAGAAGGAAUAAAAUCCAUGAAAAAGGAAUAAAAUGCA